UGCUGACCAUAAAUACAGACUCCCUCUGGCUGCUUCACAUAACGCACUGGGGAGACCUGCAUAUCCUGCCAUGCAGUGAGACUCCUGCUGUGCUUUGGACCAGUCUGCAGAAUACUACUAUAUGCCAGCUGGAAGCACCUGUAGCACUGUUCUGCAAGUGACAAGAGCGAUAGACUGCAAGCACAGCUCCCCAAGUCAGCUCAAGAUGCAAAAGUGCACAAGUCUCCUGCUGGUAUCAGUAAUACUCUGUGCCACUAUCUCACAGACAUUUGGACUAGUUUUAACAGGGAAAGAUAAGCGAGGCUGGACAUUGAACAGUGCAGGCUACCUCUUAGGACCACGUCGUAUUGAUCCGCUUUCACUGAUUAAGGAAAUGCCCAUUGCAAUGGGAAGAGAAGAGUCACCUGGGGAAUAUGCAAUAGAUAAUCAUAGAUCUUUCAAUGACAAACAUGGAUUCGGUGGAAAACGUGAGCUACAGCCAGAAGAGGAUGUAAAGUCAGGAAACUUUUUUAGAACUUUGUCCGAUGACAACGUACUGCGCACACUGAUUGAAUUUUUAACUUACUUACAUCUGAAAGAGUCUGGAGCACUUGAUAACUUAAGCUCACCAAUGUCCUCAGAAGAAACAAACCAGUCCUGAAAAGAAAUAAAGCCUUUGUAUUUGAUUGCAUAAUGAUGACUUAUCCAAUAAAUGUGUUAAUUUAAUGCUCAGAAAGUUCCACUUAUAAAUAUAUCCCAAUGAUACUACAGUGUAUUUUCGCUUAAGUAAAAUUAAGCCAUACAAUAAAAAAUAGCAGCUGC